CCUCUGGCUGCCUGUCACCUGCGCAUGCGUAUCAGGACUCCUCUGGUUGUAAUAGAAAUCAUGGCCGUCGCGAUGCAGACGGAGGAUUUUCCUUUCUUACCUUCGGGGCCGGCUGAGGUAAAUAAGAUGAUAAAGGAGCACGGCGACCUGUUUUCUGACUCCCAGUGUAAAGUCUGCAGUGCUGUCCUAAUUUCCGAGUCUCAGAAGUUGACUCAUUAUCAGAGCAAGAAACAUGCCAACAAAGUGCGGCGUUAUCUUUCCUUCCAAAAUGAAAAGGAACCAGCAUUUAAAAAGUUGAAGUCGGCCUCAUCUGACAGUGACUGUAACAAUGGAGACACCGACCGGUUGAAGGAGUGUCAUGUAUGUAACAUGGCCUUCUCCUCUCCUGUGGUGGCUGAGUCUCACUACAACGGCAAAGUUCACGCCAAGAACCUGAGGCUGAAAACUGUAGGUCCCCAGAUCCCAGCAGCAGCCUCCCAAACACCACCAACAGCUCAGCUGAAGAAGAAACCUGCAGAUGAUUUGAGCAGUGUGCCGGUGACUGACGACAACAACAACCCGGACCGUUUCUGCUCCAUCUGCCAGGCCUCCUUCAACAACCCGCUCAUGGCCCAGCAGCACUAUGUGGGCAAAAAGCAUAGAAAACAGGUGACCAAGCUGAAACUGAUGGAGACGUAUGGUCCCUCCACAGCACCAGCUUCCACACUAAAGGGCUACCCGUGCACAGUCUGCAACAUUGAACUAAACUCUGUGGAGCAGUACCAGUCUCAUAUCAGUGGUGCCAAACAUAAGAACCAAGUGAAGAAAUCGGGCAUGAACACUGCAGAGAACCAAGACGCAGCAGAAAAUUCGUGCGAGGGCAACAACCAGUACACCAGUGGAGACAAACAAUACAGUGCCGCCAAUGAGCAGUACGCACCCGGGGACGACCAGUACGGCACCGCAGAUGAGCAGUACACAGCCGUAGAUAACCAGUAUGCGCCUGAGGACACAGAGUACUGUGAGGAGUAUCAGUUUACUUGAGGCUGGGCUAGUGGGAACUGCAGAGGCUUCAGGCAGGACUUGGAAUGACACACAACAACCAGCCCCUUUAACACAUUAACAUCAGCCUCCAUGGACCUUCAUCUCCUGCAAGAGUCAGGAGGUUUUCCCCUGGAACAGAGUCAUCCAAACCACAGGCUUGGACCCCUGAAUAACCCAACGUUGGACUUUAGCAUUUUGGGUUCCCAACUGAAACAGUUAAAUAUUGUGUGUUUUUUUAUUUAGUUUCCUCCUCUUACGAAACGUGUGAUAAUGGGUUCAACAGUUGAUAUUUUUUAUCCACAAUCACAAGAAAGAAUGUCUUCAAGUGUUCAACUGGCUUCUGCUUCUGUUACAAACGUGUACUGAUUGAAAACCAUCCCCCAUAUCACUGUACAUUAGAGCUGGUGUGAAAUGUGGCGAUACUGAUAUGAUCAGUACUUUACUUUAGGAAUGUAAACAUGUUUUUUUACAAAACCUUUUAUUCAUAGAGAAGCCAACAUUUGCCAAAACAAAAUGUUGUCUAAAAGGAGCAAAAUUGUAAUUUAAAUUGGAAAAUACUAAGUAAAUAAAACAACAAAUCCGACCAGUCAUUCUAUACCAGCUUUCUAAACGCAAGUACCACAAAAGUAUUGAAGUGCGACACCCAGCCUUAGUGUACACACUAGGGAUGUUCCAAUAAAGUUUUUUCUUUAAUUGGGAAUCUGCAGAUACCGACUUCGAUACGAUUUUUUAUUUACUUAAAUGUUGAUCGGACUGAAUCUGACACAAUGAACAGCUGUAGAACACUACAUUUGACACACCAUAUUUUUUAUGAGCUGCUUGAUCCAAAAACUGAAAGUUCAAAAUGAUUGUGUUUUUAAACUGAAAAUAUUGAAAUGACUUCAGUAGAGUUUAACAGGACAAUACUACUCCUGAAAUUGAUGUGAUGCGAUCAGCUAGGUCAUUUUAAUGAGAAAAUGAAUCACUCUGUUGGAGUUGUGAGCAGGCUGGGAUAGAACAGCAGAAUACAGGAAAGGAUUUUGAUUGAUUGAUUGGCCCAGAUAACUAAUUCUUAGGACCUGCUCGGGACAUCUCUAGUAUGUCAAACAUCAAAGUGAUAACAGGAGAAAUUUUUUAAGUCCAGAAACUUUGUUUAAAGUUUGGUUUGAUGCAGUCUAUUAAUAUAUUAAGAUAUAAUAGGGUAUUUUAAUUGUUUAGCCCCUACUAACAUGUAACUAAUACUAACAUUUAGUACCAGAGCCACAUAUAACCCCUGAAAUUUCAAAGCAAAGCUGCUUUCCUGUUUACAUUUCUUCGGUUCACCUGUACAUGGCUGAUUUGCAGCUUCUGUGAGUGUUAUUUAUUGAAACCUGUCCUCAUCUUCUUUCUCACUCGCUCUCUGCAAGAUGUGUCUAAAUCUGGCGUUGAAGAUGCCGACAUUGGAAAAGAAGUGAAAUCGAACCUCAGAACAGCCAGAUCACUGUAGCCAGAUGUGAUAAUGUCAUUGCUGUCCAGACAGAGGCUUUCUGUCGCUACUGGAUCUAGUUUGUAAAAACUGAUAUUAUUAGUUGGAUUUUAUAAGAACUUGGUUUAAAGUUUUACUUUCAUUUCUAUUUAUUUAAAGUCACAAUAUCUCCAGAAGGAUUCUUUUGGGUAUUUUUCAUUGGAAUGUUGUUCUUCUGUUUAAAUCACUGAGUACCAGAUAGUGAAUUCACAACUUUUGUUAAUGUUCUGGACGAAGCGGAUAUUGCUGUUCAGGUGGCCCAGGAAUCUUUAUUUCACCUGUGUUUUUUUAGUUACUUACUCUUGUUAGCAGUAACAUCAUAAUACUGUUGACUGUGAGACAUUUUAUUUCCAUAAUGUCUGUAGGUUGCGUAACAUGGACUAAGCUGGUUUACUACAGGACACUAAAAAUAAUAUUGUGAUAAUGGAAAUGUUUAUCAGACGCUGGUAAAAGGAUUCUGAAUUCAGAGAGCCUAAAUUAGAUCAUCUGCUACUUCAAAAAGUACCAUAAUAUGUCAAAAAUAAGCAUUUUGUAGAAGUUGAUGUCAUUUUAUAAAAACUGUUGUCUGGAUAGUGUUAAUUACAAAAUGGAGAGAUUAAAUGGAUUAUGAUGAAAAAUAGGAAUAAUAUCCUCAUUUCAGAUGCAGUGGAUUUGUUACAGCUGCGAGUUGAUGAAAGUAUAAGCUUUUUUGUACUAUUGAGUUAUAUCCCUGGUUUAUUGAAGGGCGAAAUAUUUUUAUUGUAUUUUUUCCUGAGUUGUCUAAAAUGGCGCUUUAUAGGACUAUAGAAGAGACUGAUAGAUGCUUGCUGAGCUCUGUAAUUAUUGUCAAUAGGAGAGGUUACAAUAUUUACAUCGCAGAGAUUUUAAAGAGUGAUGUCAAAUUAGGAAGUGAUGUCAAUAUUAACUUCUUUUGGUCCAUUUUUGAUGUAAUUUAUACAAAGAGGGCUCAUACAUAUUGUAUAGUAGAUGGUGUAUAAAAGACAGAUGGCCUUUUUGUUUUCACCCUCAUCGUUUAUGUAUUAGGUGUUUUGUGAUUAAGAUUUACUUUCAAUAUAAGUUAUGUAAAACUGAGGGAAAAACUGCUGCAAUUAUGUGCAUUAAGUAAAGAUAUCUUUUAAGAGA